GGCAAUGCGCGCCCAGUAACGGCGAAAGAAUUUGCUUGCUAAGUGUUACGGUACUUUCAUCGGAGUCAGAACAUUUUUGUAGGUGCAACUACUGCGACAAUAAUUUGACGGCGCUGCAAUCGUCUAGUGACGCGUUACUGGCUAUAGAAGAGAUAUAAUUGUAUUGAUUUUGACACUCGUACCAACAACUAUUCGCUUUUUCUGUGUUGCUGGAAAGUGACGGAAGCGAUGUUCCAGAAACGAGGGCGACCCUUUUCGAGAGUCGAAACGCGGCCGAUAUCUACGUACUCAUCCCUUAGUUCCAUCACAGGCACAGGGGACCGUAAUAUCCUGCUGACGGUGGACACGUCUUCGUUGUCUUCCUCUUCGUCUGGAGGAUACGGUGGCUGUGUCAAUGCCGGCUUGGAAUCGGACCGCGACAGUGAAACUGGGAUCGCGGGCAUCGGCCAAUUGGCGGAGACACUUCUGAGGCAGCCGGUUUCCUCCGCCGUCAGCGUCAGCAAGUCAGAUGUGCACUUGGGGCACACCCUUAACUACAAUGGUCCUGUGACCAUCAACCUCAGCCUACAGCAGCAGUCUGAGCAUCACACAACGACGUCCCAGUCGGAGUCACAGCCUGAGCCUCAGCCUCUGAAUGGACACCCGUCUCAAGAAAUGCCUCAGAUCGGACAACGGUGUCGCCAAGAACUGCUGUCUCACAUUCAGCCCAAGACUCAGUUUCAACCAUCUCCACAACAGCAGCUGGUGUCUCAGCCUCAAACUCAGAAUCAGAUUCAAGAUCCUCCUCAACAGCAGCCACUGGCGCAGACUCACGUUCUGCCUCAUACUCAACAAAACCGCAUUCUCAGCACGAAACAACCAGAGGGAAUGCUACAGCGGAAUAUGCAGAUGACGUACGGACAAGAUUUCAGGACAGUGAAGCCAUCUGGGUGUCAGCUGAUAGCGGCGGAGCUCGCUCGGAAGGGUCAGUUGACUGGGCUGAUCAGAGACGUGGGAGCCGACGUCGUGCAGUCCUGCUGCGAGCGCAACAUGGUCUUCAUCGUGCUGCUCGUCGUUCUCGUCACGGUCUGCGGAAUCUUCUUGAGCCUGGUGGUCGGGUACAGGCGCAACGCGUCACCGAGCAGACCCAGUGUCAAUACAACGGUAAAAGGUACAUCGCCGAACGAGCUAAAUACGGAGAACCCACAUAACAUUACGGUUGCUGUGGGCCAAGAUACAGGAUCUACAACUACAACGGAGAAACAAAUUUCGGAUAAAUCUACAAUUGCAACAGAGAAAACAAAUUCUGGACAAACCUACAACUACAACAGUCAAACAAAAUUCGUACAAACGACUUCAGCCAAACCUACAACUACAACGGAGACUCAAACUUCGGGACCCUGUCAACGUUCUUGUGAGCCAAUAAUAGACAGCUGUGGGAACAUAUAUUUCUGCGAUUACAUCAAAUGUGACUUCGGGAACCACAGUGUUUGGCUGGGUUGUAAUCCUGUAGGAUGUGUAUAG